GAGACAAUGCUGGACCUCAUUAUUCUGAGCCUCCAUUUCUUGAUCUGCUUUCUCAUCUUCAUUGCCAUCUGGCGUGGACCUAAGGAUGUGGAUUUGCACAGCUCAAGCACAGGAACAGCUGAAGUGGAGGUAGAGGGUCUUAUAUUAAUUGGCAAAGAAAAUGACAUAAAGAAGUCUCGAAGAGUAACAGCCAAAGUCAGUGGCAGAGAAGUUGUUGUUUUCUACCAUGAAGGGAAAUUUUAUGCUAUGGACUCCCGCUGCUACCAUGAAGGAGGCCCUUUAUGCCUUGGAGAAAUAGAGGAUAUCAAUGGUCAAGCAUGUAUUGUUUGUCCUUGGCAUAAGUAUAAAAUUACUUUGGAAACAGGAGAAGGAUUAUAUGAAGGAAUAAACCCUUUGGAGCCAUCACCAACACCACAAUGGCAAUCAAAAGGAGUCAAACAAAGGAUUCAUAAGGUCACAAUAAAUAAAGGAAAAGUUUAUGUGAGUCCUCCAGAUUUCUCUGUAAGCUUUGACUCUGAUUAUUUUGCUGAAAAGUACAAAAAUGGUGGUGAAUUAGCUAUAAAAAAAAUAAGCAACUCACAUGCAGCAGAGUAAUCAUGGCCAGAAAGCAGAAUCCUGGUGAUUGCUCUAACGAAGAACCAUUAUCAUGAAAUAAAAGUGUA